ACACUGGAGGGGCCUCCUGGAGUGAGGGCUGGGGACUUGGGAGUGUCUGUGCCACGCCACCAUGGCCAGCACACAAAGUUCUAUGCUUGCUCUUCUUCCCGGUGUCCCAGACUGCAGCAUGCAGGGCCUAGGCCUUCCUGUCCCCAUGCGCCUGGCAGUAUCUGCUGCCAGUACCUCUGAGUGCUGAGGAGGGGUGCUAGCCAAGGGCAGUGCACCUGUCCCAGGAGUUUCCCGGUAUCCAUUGCCAGGAGGCAGUCAGAGCGGUAAGGACCCUUGGGUGAUGGGUACUGGUGCCCAGCCACAGGCUCAGCCCCCGCCUGCCCCUCCCGGAAGGUGUGGGUGCUGUGGUGGCAGCCCCCAGCCAACAAUAACGGUUGUAGGAGCUGGGGCAAGGGACUGGACAAGCCGGCCAGGCAGGUCCUGGCCCUGGUGCAGUUCCUGUCUCCAGGUCCUGUCCUAUAGGCCCAGUCUGCUGUGGUUCCGCCUGAGAAGCAGAGGCAACACGGCUCCCAGGGCUGGUGCAGGCUGGAAGCACAGCCCAGGGUCCAGCCCCAUGGCCAGCCCUGGGGAGCCCGGGGCUGUGGAGGCCCAGGAGGAGGAGGAGGGGGCCUCUGCAGGGCAUGGUCCAGGUCCAGCGGUGCUGCAGCAAGCCCAGGAGCUCUUCCUGCUGUGCGACAAGGAGGCCAAGGGCUUCAUCACCCGGCAGGACCUACAGGGAGGCUUGUGGGGCUGCAACCGGCAAAGAGUGUGACUCCCUCGUGGACUCCCGAGGAAACCUUCGAGUCGUGGGAGGUGCAGGGCUCCCGGGGCUCCCUGGAGGAAGAAGAGGAAGACGAGGAGGAUGUGGAGCGGUUCUGCGCUGCGCUGGAGCAGCUGGGGGUGGCCCGGGUCCUGGGCGAGCAGCGCGCCGUGAGGUCGCUGUGGGCCCGGCUGCAGCUCGAGCGGCCCGAGCUGCUGGGCUCCUUCGAGGACGUCUUGCUGCGCGCGUCCGCCUGUCUGGAUGCGGCAGUCCGGGAGCGCGACGGCCUGGAGCAGGCGCUGCGGCGGCGGGAGAGCGAGCACGAGCGGGAGGUACGCGGCCUCUACGAAGAGCUGGAACAGAAGCUGCAGGAGCAUCGGCCGUGCGGGCGGAGCCAGGUGGGCCCCCCUGCCUGGCCCACCGGGAGUCCCGCCCUUUCCGAGCCCUUCGCCCCGUGCCCCGCAGUCUCCUCAGGGGCGCCGAGGCUCAGGUGCCUCGUGCGCCCCAGAAUUCGCCCCGUGAGGAGCGGAGGGGCCACCUGGAGCUGGAGCUGCAGAGCCGCGAGCAGGAGCUGGAGCGCGCGGGGCUGCGGCAGCGAGAGCUGGAGCAGCAGCUGCGGGCCCGGACCGCCGAGCAGCAGGAGGCACAAGCCCAGCACGCACAGCUGCGGGGCGUCUUGGAGGCGCUGCGCGCGCAGCUGGAGGGGGCGCAGGAGCAGCUCCGCAGACUGGAGGGCGAGGCGCAGGGCCGCCGGGAGCAGACGCAAAGGGACGUGGUCGCCGUCUCCAGGAACAUGCAGAAGGAGAAGCUCAGCCUCCUGCGUCAGCUGGAGCUGCUCAGGUGCGCUCAGGCCCAGCCCGGCGGGGCUCCCGCGUGCUCUCGGCCUCCACCCCAUUCGGCCAGGAGGAAGGCCUUCCUGUGUCUGCCCGCUUAUGGCCGGAGGGAGCGGGGCCCACCUACCCGCAUCCUCGCUCGCCCCCUCCGAGCUCAGCUGCGCGCCCUCCUCAGGGAGCUGAACACACGACUGCGGGACGAGAGGGACUCCUGUGAGGCCAGGCUGCUGGGAAGCAGCCACAGGAAGCCACUGGACGCCGCGGGCCUGCCCAGACCAGCCUGCUGCUGUUGCUGGGCUCAGCCCCCUAGACGCGGUUCCGGCCACCUGCCCAGUGCCCGGUGACCAGCCCGCCUGGGCCCCCGCAGGAGCUGGUCCUCGAAGGCCACCUGUCCUGGGUGCGCGCUGCCCACCCAACACCCGCCCCCCGGGCUGACCUGUGGGUGGUCAGUGCCGCAGGGCCUCGCGUGCCCCUGCUAUUCUGCACUCUGUCCCGCAAAAGAAAAACAACUGUGCACGACCCAAUAAAGCGCGCCCUGCCGCAGUCCCUUGGCCCUCUGUGUGUCUGGGACCUUCUGUGGUGUGUGGGCUGUGAUCCCUGUGCGA